CUUCUCCCUCAUAUUCCACACACAAAACAAAACAAACAAGUUUCGUGUAGUAAAAGGAAACUCAACUAGCAAGAAUCAACACACCUAUUCUUUGUUUUUCUUCUUUAACUUUAGAUUCAUAGAGAAAGAUAGGAAGAUCAAAGAAUGAUUUGGAGUAAUUGGAAGUUGAGAUGGAUGUUUCAGUUUGGAUUCCUCUGUGCUAUGAGUUUGGGAUUGGCUUCUUCUGUUUCAGGAUCACUUUCCUUUGAAAUUCACCAUAGAUUCUCAGAGCAAGUCAAAACCGUUCUAGGUGGCCAUGGUUUGCCUGAAAUGGGCAGCCUAGACUACUACAAGGCCUUGGUUCAUCGUGAUCGAGGUCGCCAGCUAACCUCCAACAACAACAAUCAGACAACUAUUUCUUUCGCUCAAGGCAACUCCACCGAAGAAAUCAGUUUUCUACAUUAUGCGAAUGUGACGAUAGGGACACCGGCUCAAUGGUUCUUGGUGGCAUUAGACACAGGCAGUGAUUUGUUUUGGUUACCUUGCAAUUGCAAUUCCACUUGUGUACGGAGUAUGGAGACUGACCAAGGCGAGAGAAUAAAACUCAACAUCUACAACCCCAGCAAAUCAAAAUCAAGCUCAAAGGUUACGUGCAAUAGCACACUCUGUGCAUUAAGAAACAGAUGCAUUUCUCCGGUCAGCGAUUGUCCUUACAGAAUCCGAUAUCUCUCUCCGGGAAGCAAAAGUACAGGUGUGUUGGUGGAGGAUGUGAUCCACAUGAGCACUGAAGAAGGAGAAGCUAGAGAUGCUCGGAUCACAUUCGGAUGUAGUGAGUCCCAACUAGGGUUGUUCAAAGAAGUGGCUGUAAAUGGUAUAAUGGGACUUGCAAUAGCCGACAUAGCGGUUCCAAACAUGUUGGUUAAAGCCGGUGUCGCGUCAGACUCUUUCUCAAUGUGUUUUGGUCCUAAUGGGAAAGGAACAAUCAGUUUCGGAGACAAAGGUAGCUCAGACCAGCUUGAGACUCCAUUGAGUGGCACCAUCUCACCGAUGUUUUACGAUGUGAGCAUCACCAAAUUCAAGGUAGGAAAAGUUACGGUGGAUACAGAAUUCACCGCGACAUUUGACUCUGGAACCGCGGUUACAUGGCUGAUCGAGCCUUACUACACUGCUCUAACAACAAACGUGCGCUUUACGUACUUUUGCAUUUAGUUCAUUCCAUUACCUAAAACCUCGAGGCAUGUAACAUUACAAACCGACCCGUCUGUGUGUUGUGUUAUGCAGUUUCAUCUCUCUGUACCAGACAGACGACUUUCGAAAAGUGUGGAUAGCCCUUUUGAGUUUUGCUACAUUAUCACAUCAACGUUCGUAGGCUUAUCUUUAGAUAUACAUAUGAUAAAUGUUUGUAGUUAAAAAAUUAUUGAUGCAUGUGUGUGUAGCUGUUUGCAGUUCAGAUGAAGAUAAGCUUCCUUCAGUUAGCUUUGAGAUGAAAGGAGGAGCUGCUUAUGAUGUUUUCAGCCCCAUACUUGUCUUCGACACUUCCGAUGUAUACACAUAUCUUCUCAUAUCAUCAUUUUAUCAUAUUUACUAUAUCUAAAUAUAUUAAUCUCCAUUGCAUUAACAGGGUAGUUUUCAAGUCUAUUGUUUGGCUGUCUUAAAGCAAGUUAAUGCUGACUUCAGCAUCAUCGGACGUUCGUUUUUGUUCUUUUUUUCCCACAAUCAACACAAUUUCUUCUUGUACAUUUUAACCAAUUCCUAAAUCAGAUGAAAAUUUUUCUUUAUGUUAGAAAAUUUCAUGACCAACUACAGAAUCGUCCACGAUCGUGAGAGAAGGAUCUUAGGAUGGAAAAAAUCUAAUUGUAAUGAUACUAACGGUUUCACAGGACCUACCGCUUUAGCAAAACCGCCAUCGAUGGCACCAACGUCGUCUCCAAGAACCAUCAACCUUUCCAGUCGUUUGAACCCUCUGGCUGCGGCUUCUUCACUUUUCAUCAUUUGCUUCAUUUCUUUUGUAUCUUUGUGAUAGUGACUAAUUUAAUUACAUCUAAUGUGCAAAGAGCUAAUCUUAUUCUCGUUUCUACCCUCUGAGUUUCACAUAUUAUUCUAUCCACCCC